UGGUAGAGAGAGGCUUAGAGAAUUAAAGAUAGACUUCAGAAAGAAAACAACUUUCUACUUCACCUUCUCUCUGACUUGUGUGUUGUACGGACAGCACAAAUACAGUACUAUCAGCAGAGCCUAUGAGAGUUAGACUGAUUCCUCCAAAUCUUGUCUCAGAAAUGAGUCCCACAGCUCCCUGCAAAGUAAUUGGUCUAAUUAGGUGGUAGGAAGAAGCUUCUUUAAAUUCCUCAGAAAUUAAGACGUGUCAUCCGCUUAACAUCUUAGCAUCUGUUACUGCCUCUUGCACAUUUCUCUACUACAUCAGUCUGAAGGAUACUUCCCUGGACCUUUCAGAGAGAGAAAAAAAAAAAAAAAAAGAAACAAAAAACCAAACAACCCCAAGCUCUUGAAACAGAGAAGAAAUUGGCCCUUUCUUCAGUGGGAUGAAGCAUGUAAGGCAUUUCACCCCCUCCUUAUUUCUCAGUUUGGUGCACGUUUGCCUGGUUCAGGCAAAUUAUGCUCCCUAUUUCUUUGAUAAUGGAGCCAGAAGUACAAACGGGAACAUGGCACUUCUCAGCCUUUCGGAGGACACACCUGUUGGUACCCAUGUGUACACUCUGAAUGGAACCGAUCCAGAAGGAGAUCCCGUGAUGUACGGCCUGGCCUAUGAAGCUGGAUCAAGACGCUACUUUUCUGUUGACAAGAACCUUGGAAAUGUUACACUGAUCAAGGAGCUUGACAGAGAGAAGGAAGAUGAGAUUGAAGUUAUUGUCAGUAUUUCAGAUGGCCUGAGUACAGUUUCUGAAAAAGUCAGGAUCCUUGUAAUGGAUGCUAACGAUGAGAGCCCAGAGUUCAUCAACACACCUUACAUAGUCCAAGUCCCAGAGAACACUCCCUCUGGCAGCAGUAUCUUUAAGAUUGAGGCGGUGGACAAAGACACGGGUUCUGGAGGAAGUAUCACCUACUUCUUGCAGAACAUCCAUGCUAAUAAGUUUACAAUAGACCGUCACAGUGGUGUCCUGCGCAUCAAAACAGGGGUCACCCUGGACUACGAGAAAUCAAGAACACAUUUUGUUGUCGUCAUAGCCAAGGAUGGUGGUGGGAAGCUCAGGGGAGACAACAAAGUGUUUUCAGCCACAACAACAGUUACGGUCAACGUGGAGGAUGUUCAGGACACUCCUCCCAUGUUCAUUGGGACUCCCUACUAUGGAUACGUCUAUGAGGAUACACUUGCGGGCUCUGAGGUCCUUACUGUUGUUGCUCUUGAUGGAGACCGAGGAAAGCCUAACAGUAUUCAUUACUGCAUCGUGAACGGAAGUGAAGGUUCAUUCGAAAUCAGCAACACAACUGGAGCCAUUUCUGUUAUAAAAAGCCCAAAUCAGCUCAAGAAAGAAGUGUAUGAACUAAAAGUUCAGGCAUCAGAAUACAGUCAGGAAGGUGACAUCUCAGUGUAUGCUUUUGCCAUGGUGACUAUACGGGUGGUCGACCUCAACAACCAUCCACCAACAUUCUACGGAGAAAAUGGUCCCCAGAACAGAUUUGAACUGACCAUGUACGAGCAUCCCCCAGAGGGUGAAAUCUUGAGGGGACUGAAGAUUACAGUCAAUGAUUCAGAUCAGGGAGCCAAUGCUAAAUUCAACCUCCGUCUUGUUGGACCUGGUGGCAUCUUCCGAGUGGUUCCCCAAACUGUCCUGAAUGAGGCUCAGGUUACAAUAAUAGUGGAAAAUUCUGCUGCUAUUGACUAUGAAAAAUUCAAGGUGUUAACCUUCAAGCUUCUUGCAAUAGAGGUGAACACACCGGAGAAAUUCAGCUCUACAUGUGACAUAGUGAUACGCUUGCUGGAUACCAAUGACAAUGUCCCAAAAUUCUCCUCUGACUACUACAUUGCCAGGAUCCCCGAGAACUCCCCGGGAGGCUCAAAUGUAGUUGCUGUUACAGCUACGGAUCCAGAUUCAGGGCUUUGGGGAGAAGUCAAGUACUCUAUUUAUGGAACCGGAGCAGAUCUGUUCCUAAUCCACCCAUCAACAGGUAUAAUUUACACCCAGCCCUGGGCUGUGUUAGAUGCUGAAGUGAACUCAAAGUAUAAUUUCUAUGUGAAGGCAGAGGACACAGAUGGGAAAUACAGCUUGGCUGAAGUGUUUAUCACUGUGCUAGAUGUCAAUGACCACUCUCCAGAGUUCAAUGAAAACAUCCAGGAAAAGACGAUGAUCAUCGGGUCGCCAGUGAAGAUAGAGGCUAUAGAUCAAGAUGCAGAAGAACCCAACAACAUCGUAGAUUAUUCCAUCAUGCAAGCAGAUCCAGCCAACGUCUUUGAUAUAGACCAAAGCACUGGGGAAAUAAAGCUGAAAUCCUAUAUCCGUUCCCUGGACAUCAUCCACAACAUCACAAAGAAUAAAGACUGCAUAUGGUCAGUGGUGGUGCAGGCCAAAGACCGAGGCUCCCCAUCCUUCAGUACCACGGCAGUUCUGAAGAUUGACAUCACAGAGGAGACUCUUCACAAAGGGCCUAUGGCCGCCUUUUUGAUGCAAACUAAAGAUAACCCCAUGAAAGCCUUAGGAGUGCUAGCUGGUGUCAUGGGCAUAAUGGUGCUGAUAACUAUCAUGAUCUCUACUGCCAUGUUCUGGCGCAAUAAGAGGUCCAACAAAAUCAUGCCGGUAAGAAGGAUCAUAAAAAAGAGACAGAUCCCGCAGUCCCGGGCAGUCAGGAUGGAGUGGCUGAAGUUCAAGAGGCCCAGCAACGCUGCAGAGAAGUUUGUCGUUGAAGACGAUGCCAAAAGCCUACACAACGAGAACAGCAACAACAACAUCCAGGUUGCCCCCGUGCCGCCGGCCGCCCCCUUGCCCCCACCACUCCCUGACCUGGCUCCCAGAGGGGACACCCCGGGGUGGCGGGUGCCAACCGUGUCCGGCUCCCUCACUCCCAAGUAUAUAAACAAGCAGCUGAAGAAGAGAGGUCAUGGCAGUGCCCACAAUGCCCUCGUGUCGGAGCUCAAAAUGAAGUUUGAGAAGAGGAAUGCAGCUGUCGGUGAGCCCCACAUCUAGGUGCUCUUGGCAGCCCCCAGAGACUGCAGGUUGUGGUUGUGCGUGGAUAUAAUUUUUGUGCUGUGGUCUUCCCCAUGUCUGUCAGCACCCUGUGAACUGAGAGCAGCUUCUCGCUGUGAUAGCCACCCCUCACCUUCUGCAAGUGUUACGUGCUACGGUGUCACCCCACCCAUAGCAACCGCUGCGGUCCGUGUCCAGUUGUGACUGCAGUUCCUUCGGCUCGUGUCCCAGUGCUGGUCCCUCCCUGCAGCUGUCUGACCAGGGUGCUGAGUACCCUCGUGCCAACCACAGUCUCCCCAAGUGAACGGGGAUUCAGGUUGCCCCCAUUUUGGAGGUCCCUACCCAGAGUCUUGGCUUUCAAACAAGGCGCUCUGCAGCCAAGGCACUGAAGGAUACCACUUCUGACCUGGUCUGGCAGGUGGGUUUGAAGUGUCCAGAAACCCGUCACUUCAGAUCCCAGGCCAGCUUUUGAAGACGUUGGCCUGGCUGUGGCACCAGCACUGAGUCCACGCGCGGGUCUUUUACAGCAGUGACAGUGCACGCUGCAAGAGGGCAGCUCGUAGCUAGUACCUGCUGUCCUCAGUGGCACCUGCUGUCCUCACGGCAUGAUGCUCUUCACAAUAGCUGGCGGAGCGAUGUGCUCAUGGCCCGAGUACCUUCACUCCCAAAAGGUAAGCAGGCAGGCUUGGAGAAGUUCUUCAUUUUCCUGCAGCUUAUGCUGGGUUUUGCCAGAGUACAUUGGCAUGAUGCUGCGCUUCGCUUUUGCCCCCGACUUCCCCGCUGAUCAGGGGAUGGGAGGGCCACCUCAGCCUUCCCUAGACCAGCUGGGGCAAGAUUUGAGGGCCGAAGUCGCUCAAUACUGCCUCUUUCUGACAAACCCCCACCACCACCACCAAACGAGGGGGAGGCCAGCCGGAGGCAGCGGGGAAGACAAGGUAAAACCAAGAGAAAAAUGAUAAGUAAAAAAUACGGACAAGUGCUGGGAAGUCGCAUAUGUCGGUCAGGGAAGUGUCUAGAAAGAUCAUUUGGUUUUGUACACUUCCAGCAAAAGGUGUCAGGGAAUGUAUUUCAUCACCUCUCCUGGCUUGCUCCAGGGACUGGUGAGUGCAAAAGGAGGUUUCCAUAAAAUAUUCUGGUUUGUCCUAUCAGUAUUUCUGAGUGAAUUAUGUGACAGUUAACAGGCUGGGGGAGCAGCUGACACCUUUUUUCCUGUUACGUGACAGUAAAAAGGCACCGAAGGCAGAGCACUUUUUUCACUGGAUCUACCCCACAGUUUCUCCCUCACGUUCAUUUCUGAGGAGAUGCUUUUCAGCUGGGCCUGGCUGUUUCCCGUCCCUUGGGGAGAAGGCAGCAUGCGGUGGGCUGGCUGGGGAGCAGCACCCUGCACCCUCUGCCUGAGCCCUGGCCCCGCAGGGCAGCUGUGCUAGCAUGGAUCGGCACCAUGACCACCAGGAUGGGGAGCAAACCCUACAGGACACUGUGUUAAUUCAAGGGGCUCAUAAGACUCUUCUCCAGCUGUCAUUUCAGCUGGACCAUCAGACCUGGCCCCCAGGGGCUCUUAUUCCCUCACCCCAUUAGCUGGUGUAAUUCCCUUUGUUUGCAGCAGGACUUCAUCAGCUUAGGGGAUAGCUUGGUUGAAUGAGAAGUUACCCACUUAGGGGAUAAAUCUUGUGGUUUUUAACUUCUGUUCAAUCCACCUACAAUCCAGAGGGCUGACCAUAGCUCAUGUCACCUGCGGGCUGAGCCAGGAGCCGUAGCCAAGAGGUGCAGCAGGGUCGCGGCUGGGGGGCCGUGGCAGCAGCGCUGCUCCCAGAGUCCCUCCUGCCGCAUCUUGUUUCCUCCAUGGUUUUAUUGCCCACCCCUCCUCCUAGGGCUGUGUAGUGUGAGGCCCAGGCUCCCGUUGUCCUUGUCCUUGUCCUCCAGCCACCAACCGGUGGGAGGGAGGGGACGUGCAGCCCUCGGCUCCUCGCCCGGUUCCCCGCACUAGCACGCACCUUCUGCUGGUUGUGUCUCCGCCAGGUUCUGCAAUGCUUCCCGAGGUACCAAAAGCUUGUGAUUUAUGCCCCAUACUACUGUUUUCCCAAUGUUGUGUUAAGCCAGUAUUCUCCAAUGAGGAAAGCCUAUAAAGACCAUUCAGUUAAGUGAGAUUUAACAGGAAUUAUAGGCUUAUAGUCUUAGAGAUUAUAUUUAAGAGGGAAUAAAGAUGUUUUAUUACUAUAUUGUGAGAAUUUUUUCCAGUUACUCUGUAUUUCAACUUCAGGGUUUG